AUGGCCCGGCACAGGCACGAAGACUUCGACGAUGAGGAUGAGGAAGACGACUUUCGCGAAGGUCUGACAUCGCAGGAUGCAUCGGAGCCUUCGGACACGGUCUGGAUUGCCAGCAUGGAGACAGUGUACCUCCCAGCCACUGCGCGCUCGAGUUGCGACGGCUCUGUCUACGACACAGAUGAAGAGUAUUAUGAUUCCGACGGAAGUCCAGGUCCGGUUGCCUACGCCCCGUCGACGCCGAGAGAGGCUCGGGAGGCCGAUGAGGUUGAGCCCGAAGAUGGCGAGCAGGCCGCCGUGGCUUUCUUGUCCUGGCUCCAACAGAGACCUGCAAUGAUGAGGCUGAGCGUGCCAGACAGGUCAGUGGGGACCGGCAUCGCCUGGGAUUUCCCACUGGCGAAGAGCGAGAAGCGAGAGUUGCUGUUGCAACACAUCGCAGCCGGAGAGAGGAUGGCGCAAGAGGACGCAUCGGAGGCAGCGCGCGAGGUCGAAAUAGCGCAGGCGCAGACGCGACGCACCCGCCAAUCCCUUGAGUCCUGCAAGACUGCCUUGGCGCGGCGACGAAAAAGCGUAAGCGUACGACGACGGAAGAGCUUGGGAGGCUGA